GCGUUGUUGAAGCACCCAUUUCCACAACAACAACAACAAAAAACUUCUGAAAACAUUUUUUCCCCUCAAUUUUUGUAUUUUCUUUAUUGACAAUAGGAAACAUAAACACACAAUGAUACUAAAGGAGACUCAAGCUAUCGUUAAUAAUUUUGAAAACAAAGAGUCAUGAAGAGAAAUUGAUUGGAUUAGCUGCCUAGUGCCUCGCAUCACAGGGAGGGAUCAUAUAUGACAAGAAAUUCCAAUUGUUGCUUUGGUUACUCCGAGAAGAAUCUUAGCAGCCUUCUGCGUCCUCCAAUGCUCCUGUUGUAAUUUAGAUACCAUCUACAUUGUAGAUUCAUCCAUAUAUACACAAACAAAAGUUUGGAACUACUUAGUAUUUACCCGCCGAUGCACACGAUAACUUUUCCCUCGAAUUGCCGUUCUUAUUCUCACAAAUCAGUAUCUUUCUCAAGAAUUAGAUAGAUAGUGAAAACUCAGUUGAUCCCAAUAACUCGAGUAAUCGGGAGCAAUGUAACGAAAAUCGCGCUUUAAAUUUUGUAUUUUUAUGCUUCUAUAUCACCAAAAUGAGUCUCCGUGGAAUAAUAUUUUUUUACUACAAUUUGUACAAUAAUAUAGUCAAAGUAUUCCUUUAAAACUUAAAAGUUUACCCUUUACGCUUCUAGGUCACCAAAAUGUUUCUACAUAGAAUCGCGUGUUUGACUGCAUCGGUUGGGAGAAAGUUAUUAUGAAUCUUAUAGGAAUCUUUUACACGAUCCUCCAAACGCAAGCCAAGUCACAAGUUUGAAGUUUGCACAUGCCAACCAUACAUUGUGUUCUAAUACACCGUUUUAUAUUGACGGUCGUAUAUAUAGAUUCGAGCACGCACACUUAACCUAACCAACGACGGCACGAUACCAUAUCAUAACUCAGUUGAUCCCGAUAACUAAUAGCUCGAAUUCUUAAGAAAAAUUUAUUAUGAAUUUUAUACCACUCUCUUACAUCGCAAAACUAUGGCUCUCUCUAUAUAUAAUAGACCUUAUUCCCACUUAACAAGAACCAUCCAUCCACCCAACCAACACUCAUUUCAUUUCAAGAGAGGAAAGUUCCAUCACACAUAACAUCAUGAAUCGUCAAAUUUCCAUUCUCCUCUUCACUCUCAUCGCCGCCAUCCUCCUCGACCUCGGCGUGGAGGCGAAACCUCAAACUUGCUCCCCCAGCGGCAAGCUCCGCGGCAAAAAGCCUCCGCCAAACCAAUGCAACCAGAUCAACGACUCCGACUGCUGCGUUGAGGGCAAGCUGUACACAACCUACAAGUGCUCCCCGCCGAUCACCAAGCAUACCAAAGCGGUCCUCACCAUCAACAGCUUCGAGAAGGGGAAAGACGGCGGCGGGGCGGCGGAGUGCGACCAAAAAUUCCAUGGGGACGAGGAGCGGGUCGUGGCGCUGUCGAGCGGCUGGUUCAACAACGCCAAGAGCUGCUUUCGGCAGGUCAGGAUCACAGGGAACGGGAGGAGCGUGGUGGCGAAGGUGGUGGACGAGUGCGAUUCCACGGAGGGCUGCGACGGCGACCACGAUUACCAGCCGCCGUGCCCCAACAACAUCGUGGAUGCGUCGCCGGCGGUGUGGGAUGCGCUCGGGGUGGCUUCUGGGGAUCGGGGCGAUUUGAAGGUGACAUGGUCGUUUGUGUAAAACUUGAUGUGGGUUUUUUUUUCUUCCAUGGGAGGUAUCGUGUGUCUCUCUAGCUUGUUUUUUUUUUUCUUUUCUUUUGUCAUGUUUUUUUUUUUUUGGGUUGUCCAUUAAGGAAAUAAUCGAUGUGUGACAUCAUCGGGUGUUUGUGAUUCCCUUAAACAUUUCAAUUCGACUUCUUGCAUGUGUUGUAUACCCAUUAACCAUCAAUAAAACAAGUGUGUUUAGCUACGUGUGCUUUAAUUUGUAGUUGGUAGGUCGAUUUCCUUGAACAUGAAUAUAUAUGUAUUCCUAGUCACUGCGGAGUUGCAAUUAUGGGGUUUUGGGGAUAGAUUAUAACCAAUUCCUAGGGUGUUGUGUUGUUUCUAGAGCUUCUAAGUUAUAAGUUGGUAUGAUAUCUUCAAUAAAGGUGGUAGAAUUUAUGGUCUACAAGUCUUGCAUUUGAGCAUCUUAAUUAUUUCCCUAGUUCUGAUAAUCCCUGGCCAGAGGCACAUACGAUAUCACUCGAUCGAUCAAUAUCUAAGUUAUAUCCUCAUGUCAUAAAAUAUAUAAUAGGACACUAAUGAUAAAGAAAGCCGUUCACGAUUUUGCACAUGUUGAUUCUUGAUUAUAGUUAAAGCAAGCAUAAACCAUAUAAGAUUUAACUUCAACUCUUUUCCACAAAUAGGAAUAACUGAAGUGCGUUUGU